UCAGUCCCUCCCUCGUAGAUUAUCGGUUCUUCAAAUGGGAAGAGGAAGACAGAGAGGUCGUUCUCAGAGAAAACAUUUCAAAGAGAGCAGAGAGAAUGUCUGGAAACGCCCCAAAUCCGAUGCUCCCGACAAACCCACCUGGGAGCCUUUCUUGACCGAUAACCCUAACUUCGAGGAGUAUUACAAGGAACAAGGGAUAGUGAAAGCAGAAGAGUGGGAUCUGUUCAUGGAGAUUCUUCGUAAGCCUUUGCCCGCUGCCUUUAGGGUUAACUCCAACAGCCAGUUUUGCGAUGAGAUUAUAUCCAUAUUGGAGAAUGACUUUGUGAAAUCUCUUCAGGCUGAGGCCAUAGAAGGUGGUGAGCUGGAGGCUAUUAAGCCCUUGCCUUGGUAUCCUAAGAAUCUCGCUUGGCAUUCCAAUUUUUCCCGCAAGGAGAUUAGGAAAAAUAAGAUACUCGAGAGGUUUCAUGAAUUUCUGAAAUUGGAAAAUGAAGUUGGAAACAUGACUAGACAGGAAGCUGUUAGCAUGGUGCCUCCUCUUUUCCUCGACGUACAUCCAGAUCAUUUUGUGCUUGACAUGUGUGCUGCACCGGGUUCCAAAACAUUUCAGCUGCUCGAGAUUAUACAUGGAGCAUCAGAACCAGGAACUCUACCUAAUGGAAUGGUGGUGGCUAACGAUGUUGAUUUCCAAAGAUCUAACCUUCUUAUUCACCAAACAAAGAGAAUGUGCACCGCAAACUUGAUAGUGACUAAUCAUGAAGGGCAACAGUUCCCCGGUUGUCGCUUGAAAGGACUAAGUGAAGAUAUGCCCAUUAAUCAACUUUCCUUUGACCGUGUUCUGUGUGAUGUUCCGUGCAGUGGUGAUGGUACCCUGCGCAAAGCUCCAGACAUCUGGCGGAAAUGGAAUUCUGGAAUGGGCAAUGGACUCCAUAGCCUACAGGUUAUCCUUGCUAUGAGGGGUUUAUCGCUGUUGAAAGUUGGUGGGAAAAUGAUAUACUCAACCUGCUCAAUGAACCCAGUUGAGGAUGAAGCUGUUGUCGCUGAGAUUCUAAGGAGGUGUGGAGACUCUGUUGAACUUGUAGAUGUUUCUGAUAAGCUUCCUGAACUCAUACGGAGGCCAGGUCUCAAGACAUGGAAGGUGCGUGAUAAAGGUGGGUGGUUUACUUCUUACAAAGACGUUCCUCAAAACCGAAGAGGAGGAGUCAUUGUGAGCAUGUUUCCUUCUGGGAAAAACCUCAAGGACUCAACCGAAACAACUCAGGAGAAUGAGAAUGGUGGUGUUCAAGAUGAGUGCAAGGAAACAGAGAACUCUGUGGUGGAUGCUAUUCCUGAUGAACCAGUCGUUGAAGUCUCUGAUCUUCCACUUGAACGUUGCAUGAGGAUAGUGCCUCAUGAUCAGAACACCGGAGCCUUUUUCAUCGCGGUCCUUCACAAAGUUUCACCACUGCCAGAAUUUCAGGAGAAACCAAAUCCAAGAAAGCACUCAUCUAAGAAAAAUGCUGACUCGACAGAAAAGUCUCCGGCUGAAGAAGCUGUUGUCAGUGCUAAUACUGAACCAGUAGAGGAAGAAGAUGCAAACAAUGAGAAGGAUGAUGAUAGCUUGGAGCCUGAGAAGCAAACCACACAGGGAGAAACCACCAUCACUGAAGAGAAAGAAGCCAAUCCACCGAGUCAAGCGGGAGGCAAGAGAAAAGUACCGAUGCAAGGGAGGUGGAAAGGCUUCGACCCUGUUGUUUUCCUGAAAGAGGAGACGUUAAUCGAUAGCAUCAAAGAGUUUUACGGUAUCAAAGAUGAAUCAUUCCCAUUGUAUGGUCAUCUGGUGACAAGAAACACCGACACCAGCAGCGUGAAGAGGAUUUACUAUGUUUCAAAAUCUGUUAAGGAAGUUCUUCAGCUGAAUUUCGCAGUCGGACAGCAGCUUAAGAUUGCUUCUGUUGGCCUCAAGAUGUUUGAGAGACAAUCUGCAAAAGAAGGUUCAAGCAAGCCGUGCUCAUUCCGUAUAUCAGCGGAGGGACUACCUGUGAUCCUUCCAUACAUCACCAAACAAGUUCUCUACACUCCAAUGGCAGACUUCAAACAUCUUCUUGAACACAAAUCGAUCAGGUUUCCGGAUUUUGUCAAUCCACAGUUGAGUCAGAAAGCAACUGAACUUGUUUUGGGAUGCUGUGUGGUGAUUCUCAGCGACGGUGAAGAACCUGUGAAAGCAGAUGCAUCUACGAUUGCUAUCAGUUGCUGGAGAGGGAAUAAUAGUUUGGCUGUUAUGAUCACUCUUGCGGAUUGCCAGGAGCUGCUAGAGAGACUUGCUGAGAGAACACCAAAAACAGGUGGUGGUUCCGUUGAUGGGAACAACGGCGAUUCAGUAGCUAUGGAGACAGCUUAAAGCCCUGCCUUCAUCACCAUAAACUUUUUAAAUUGUGUUGUGCUUUUUUUGAUUAUUCACUUGGUACCUCCAGGCUCCAAAUUGCUUUUCAUAUAAGCAUCAUGACCAUGAUGACUUUGGAGCUUUGAUAACAUUUUUUAGUCAAAUGAAUGUUUACAUUCCAAA